CAAACCAUGCCUCUCAGUAAUUCAUAUCAUUUCAUUUCAUUUCAGCACUCACGAGUCCCAUAGAAGAUGUGCUCAUUUUCUGAUAAAUUUGUGGUCUCCAUUGUGGCACAGUCAUGCUUGAUGGAUUCGUCAUUUAGUCCCGAGUCCAACAUCACCUUCCAUUUGCAGUGGCGUGUAUGUUGCUUGAGUCAAUUGACGGGAACGCUACCAGCGCAGUCGAUCCUGUUCUUGGGGCUCUUGAUGAUGUCGUAUCCCAAUAAGCGACGGGAAGGAAGGGCGAGAAUCGGUGACCGGAUCAUCCUCGGAGCUCAAGCGUUAAAUUUCGUGAACGAGCAUUCGCAUGACCUGCAUCGCUUACAGUGAGGAGGAUUGGAGAGCCCGCCAUGUAACGAGUCGUCUUUUUAAAACAGAAUGACCGCCUCCGAAUGACUUCAUAUUGGCGUACGGAGGAGUAGGGUAAGAAAAGGACUCGGACCUCAAACGGAGAAUAUUAUAAACUUGUCAGCUUAUCUGGUGCUCCCCGUUUCAGGUUGUUCGCUUCCUCCAGAACUUUUUAAUAUGACGACAAUGGAAACGGGACACCAACAACCUCUCGCCAAGUUGCCAGCGACCAUGGGGGUACGGCAUCUUGCACAACAAUGUGCCGGUGUAGUUUAGCCUCUUUUAUGCCACCUGAGGAUUCUCGGCAUCCGCAUUCACAAGUGUGGCAAAUCUGCGAAGACAAUACUCUCUCUCUGUGGACAAGCGUGUACGGAAUAUCGUGGGAGUCCGUCUUUCCUAAACCUUGCAUCGGCGAGAGAUAUUUUGGUUGCCACUGCUGUUCAUCAGAAGGAAGGUAGACGAGGAGGGCCUGGCAGUGGUCCCAAAAACCUCGGUCACCCCUCUAUGUCUCGUAGGGAACUUGAAACAAGCAGGAUUAUCGGAGGUUUAUCUGCGUAGAGUUGUGCGAGUUUCUUUUAUCGCAUUCUUUCGGCUUUCUUUAUGCAUAAAAGUUACGAGACUUUUGCCAUUUAUACGAGGCCCAUUCGUCAGGGGCAGUUAUGCAUGUCUCGAGCUUUUGGUUCUCCGAGGCCUUUAUGACAUCAUUCUUUUUUCUCGUAGAAGGUUCCAACUUUACCAAACUACCCCUGCCUAUGACCAGAAGAACGUAAGAAUUGUGGUUGCAGACGCUGCAAUCGAUGGUCUGCUAUCCGAGCCAUGGAAUGUUCCUGUUCUCCCAUGAAACGUACUCUUUAUUCUUCGCCUUCGUUAUUUUGCGGGCAUUGGAUCAUCCCCCGCUUUGUGGUUUGAUUCCUCUUCCUUCCUUCCUUCCGGAUAUCGCGUGCACUUCCAUGCCCGGGGUUCAGAUUUUUUUCCUGCUCAGGGCGUCCCGAUAAAGGUCGGGCUAGAAAAAAACAUAUUCUCCAAUAGUCUUUUCUUUCAUCGGCUAGUUUCUUCUUUAUGCCCCGGCAUUUUGGCGAAAAUUUUGUUCGCGGCCGAUUUUUAUUCUGUAAUAAUUUUUUUGCUUUUUACU